AUGACAUGCCAAUGGGAGGACUGCGGCAAGGUGUUCAAUCAUCUACCUACUCUCAUCGACCAUAUACACAACGAUCAUAUCGGUGUUCACAAAUCGAACUACACUUGCGAAUGGGCAGGAUGUGUUCGGCGUGGUAUCGCACAAACAUCGCGGUUCGCGCUCAUUUCCCACAUUCGUUCACACACCGGAGAGAAACCGUUUACGUGCCCCCGCCCAGAGUGCGACAAAUCAUUCACCCGCUCAGACGCGCUCGCAAAGCACAUGCGCAUCCAGCACAACAUCUCCCCUCCCCUCCCCGGUCGGGGUGGGAACCGUAAGCGCAAGCAACCCGGGGACAACCCCGAGCCCGCCCCAACACAAGCAUCCGAGUACCCCGGCUACUCCUCGUCUUUCAAGAUAGACCCUCAUGGUGAAGACGAUGACUUUCGGCUUUCCCCCAUCGAGGGCAGCAGCUUCGCCUCGCGGCUGCCGCCGACACCAGUGCGGCAGUACACCCCGGAGCCGGGUACCUUCGAGUACGAUCCGGAGGACGAGCUCCCGCCGCACCUUCUCCGCCAGGCGGAUCCCGCGACGGGACUGAUCAUGGGCCGAUCACACACACAAGUCCGCUACAUGCUCGCAAAGGCGAAGCACAAGUGGGCGAUGCAGCAGCACGAGGCCCUCGUGGAGGAACUCCGUGUGCUCAGACACGAGGAGAAAUGUUGGAAGGAGCGCAAGGACGCUCUGCUCGAUGAGCUCCUCCUACGGCAAUUUGGGUAA